GUCAUAAUUUUCCAUGAGACUUGUAGUAUGCCGCUACCAAAAUAUGGAAAAAUAUUAAUUUCGUGGUAAUUACUUCAAUAUUAAAAAUUUUUACAGUGUUGAUUUAUAAAGAUUACUGCGGGCUGGUAUAACAGUAGCGAGUCUGUCCCUGUUCGUGUUGUCCCGGAACACUAUCAAUGCGCGCCGCCUGGAGAACAUGAGAGCGCGGGAACGCAUGCGCAGAUCUAACGAAGGAGACUACCCUGAUACCUACAGACGGCUUUGAAUUUGAUUUUUUAUAACCUAAGCAACGUAAACCAUGGCGGUGCCCCAGCUGGACCCGGCGAAACUGCAGCUCGUUCAGGAGCUGGAGAUUGAGAUGAUGUCGGACAUGUACAACCGCCUCGUCAACGCUUGUCACCGGAAGUGCAUACCUGUCAAGUAUCACGAGCCUGAACUAGGCAAAGGCGAGUCGGUGUGCCUGGACCGGUGCGUGGCCAAGUACCUGGACGUGCACGAGCGCAUCGGCAAGAAGCUCUCCAGCAUGUCGCAGGGCGACGCUGAUGCUGCGCAGGACCUCGCCAAGAUCAACCUCCAGGACAAGAAGUAGGGACAGGAGUGACGCAAGUUUUAUCUCAGUUU